AUGCAAUAAUCAAAUUUGGAUGAAUAUAAGUAAUUCUUGUUAAAUACAUUUUAGUGAAGAAUUAUCUCCUGAAAAACCUAUCUAAGAGAUUAAUAAAUACAAACUCACUCCAAUCCUUUUGCAAAAUACACCACCAAGAAAACUUCAAGGUGUUCAUUCAUAUUAUUCAAAAUAAAGUAUCAGUCCACUCUCUAACGAUGAUGAAGGACACUUUGAUGAUUUUGAAGAUCUUUAAGUAAUGAAUAAUAUUAAUGAUGACCAUAUGAUUACUGGUUCAAAUACUUGUCCAAAUUUGACUGAUAACAGAAACAAAACUUUAGAAUAAGUAUAGCUGUCUUAAGUAAAUGUCACUUUUUUAUUUUAGUAUAUGUUUUACUAUAAAUCAAACUAAAAAAUAUCUAUUCCUCGUGCAUCAAUAUUUAAAAUUUAGCAUAUGACUGAAAAAAAACUUAAAUAACAGAACAAAACGAUAAAAUAAUCUGAAAACAUAAAAGAAUGAAUACUUAAGAGCU